AUAAAAAUAAUUAUUGUCUUUUGAUUCUUUGACUAGGCUAUGGUGGCUUGUUAUCCAGGCAAUGGAACAGGAUACGUGCGCCAUGUUGAUAAUCCAAAUGGAGACGGAAGAUGUGUUACAUGUAUAUAUUAUCUUAAUAAAGACUGGGAUGCCAAGGUAAGUGGAGGCAUCCUUCGGAUAUUUCCAGAAGGUAAAGCCCAAUUUGCUGAUAUUGAACCCAAAUUCGAUAGACUGCUAUUCUUCUGGUCUGAUCGCCGCAACCCUCAUGAAGUACAGCCAGCCUUUGCUACAAGGUACGCAAUAACAGUGUGGUAUUUUGAUGCAGAUGAACGAGCACGAGCUAAAGUAAAAUAUCUAACAGGUGAAAAAGGUGUGAGGGUUGAACUUAACAAACCUUCUGACUCAGUUGGAAAAGACGUUCUAUAAGCCUUUGAUUUAGCAACUCCCCUUGCUAUUCUCCCUGAUAAAUCUUGAUGCUAUCUAUUAACUUUUGAAUGUGAAUAACAAGAUAAAGGAAAAUCAACAACAAACCAACAUUUUAAUAAAGAAGCAAACAGUGUUUCCAUGUUGCAUCAGAUAGAAGGUUCUUUGACUGCUGAAGCAUUGUACUAUGUGAUUGUGACUCCAGGCCUGUGACUGCUUAUGUGAAGAAAUAAGCAAUCAGUAAGAAACAGCAUAUGCAUCUGGACAUAAAUAAGUGCCCUACAUAGAAUUUGUCCAUCCUUAUAUUUUGCCAGACCUGUCAUCCAGCUGAAUCAAAUUCAUCUCUCCCUUUUUUUAUAUGGUAAAAGUUUGAAUUUUGGGUAAUUUUUGUAUGACCAGGUACAGUUUAUCAAAAUUGAGAAAAAAAAAAAAAAAAAAAAAAAAAAAAAAAAAAGAAAAAAAAAAUUACCAUCUUCUCCAAAAUAACAUGGAUCUAUUUUUGUAAAACUGUUCAUACUGUUCUCCUCUGCCAUGAAAGACCUAAUUUAAUGUAAGGGUUGCCAGUAACUAAUAAUCACUUUAAUUUUCUUUACACCUUAAGUCGGAAAAGGAGCACUUUAAUUACCAGCUAAAAACCUGAUUGUUUUAUAUCAUAUCUCACACUAAUCUUAACUUUUAAAGAUUGCUGCUGUAUUGUUUUUUUGACUAUGUCCUUAUUUUGACUAGAACCUUAUUAACAGAAGCAAAUCAGUAUCUCGCUAUUAGUAACAUUCAGUUUGUGGUUUUGUAUGUUGAAUCCACAGAGGGGAAGUUUCUGUCUCUUGGUUGUUUUGGGGUUUUUUUGUUUGGGGUUUUUUUUCAAGUGACUGGCACUAAGUGAACUUGACACUAUUGGUUGCUGUCAUUGGCUUUGGGGACCUGGUAAAUACCACCAAGUUAUGAGAGUAUACAAGGGCUUUCCUAGGCUAUUAGAGGUACCCAGAACCUCCUUAUGUACUUGACAGAAAAUUUUGAGCUUUCUCCUGUUUUCUAAAGAAUACUUGCCACCCCCCUUUCCUUUGUAUAUAAGUUAAUAGAAUAUCUAAAAUCCACAUUUUUAAUUAACUUUUCAAACAUUGGUGUCCCAUGCAGUCUGUAAGUUGACACCUUGAUCUAUUACAUAGUAUCAAGGAGAUGGUCAGCACACUGAAACUGAAGUGCAUCACUGUAGGCUCCUUGUGCAAUACAUCUUUAGGUUUUCACUGUGCUGAAGGAUUUUCCCAAAAAGGCACUGCCCUUUGAUCAAUACUGAGGUAUAUAUUUAGUAAGAAAACAUUUACUUUCUUUUACAUUGUUUUCUUUUUCAUCAAGGAGAGGGGACAUCGCAGAAUAAAAGUGAGAUGUGCAGAAACUUUGUUCUUAUUUUUAAGAAAUAUAUGUUUUGGACAUUGAAUUUUUUUUUUUUUCCUUCUUUCUUUUUUUUUUUCCCUGAGCUUUAAAAGCCUGAGAAAACAAAAGCAAACCUAUAAAAGACAGCAUUCAUAUUAACAGGAGUUUGGGGGUUGAUCAACUUACCCACUGCAGUUUUCUAUCUGUCCCUUAUUUCCUUAGUUAGCCAAAACAAUGUGAGUGUACAGAAAUAUUUCUGUAUAUAUUACAACUUGUGACAAUUUUAGCAUCUGUAUAGUUUGUAUUCAAUUAGAGACCUUUUCUAUGGAAAGCUCAGUAAUUUUUUAUUAAAAAGAUUACUAUUGUUCAUGUAAAACAUGAAAAAGCUAAUUGUUUAGUAACAAACUGACAGAAGGGGGAAAAAUUCAGUAUUGGUAUAUCAUUUAGGAGAACCAACAGAAAUCCCAGUUUUGUUUUGAUUUUGUUUUCCUGGGGUUUUUUUUAGUAAGUUCUUGCCCUUUACAGUUCUCUUCCUCUUUCCUCGAUUCUUCCCAGAAAAACAGACAGGAUACCUUUACAGUAAGUGCCUCUGCCAACCUGGCCAAGGAGUGCAAAUCUUCAUUACUGUCUGGUCUGCAGUGCAUUUAGGCUACAAUGAAGCAAGCAAAAAAGCCACCUCUUUCUACUUCAUCUUCUUUAGUACUACUUUGAUGGAGGUUUGGUUGGGUUUGUUUUAGAAAUAUAAGCAUAAGCCUUUAAACUCAUUUCAAUCCCUCUGUAAUUCAAACUUCCGCAGUUACACAGCGUAUCAAAUUCUAAUCACACUGUAGGUUUGUGCUCGCCAUACAGGUUUUAAAAGUGCUUAAUUUUUCACUUCAUGUAAGUCAUUACAAUAGGGUCAACAAAUCGGGUCAGCCAUUUCUUCCAUGUUCUUUAGAAACUGUUCAUUUCAUGUCGGUUGAAUAUUCAGUCUUGAGCAUCACCAAGCAGGUCCUUGUUUUAAAACUAUUUUUUAAACUGUCUUAUGAUCUGUAUGUGUCUAGUCCUGGUUAAAGAUAAAGCUUCAUAAUGCUAUUUUUAUUCAUGAUGUUAGCUGGCUGUGAAAUACGAGACCUUUAUCUAUAGCAGGCAAAGAAAUUCAGGAUUCAUUUACAGGUUGCCUAUGAAGUUGUGUAAUUUGAAAAGCAGUGUUCAUUAUGAAAGAGCUCUCAAGUUGCUUGUAAAGCUGAUCUAAUUAAAAAAGAUGAUGUAUAAAGGUUCUUGAAAA